AUGGCCGACUCUUCCAAGAACACCCUGGUGAAGAAAGUGAAGAAAGCAUCCGCAGCCCACCCUGAGCUUCUGGGACUGUCGACAACUGAGGCCCGGCUUCUUUUGCUGUCCUCGGUCCGCACCGACGAAGAUGGCAAGCCUGAUAUGGAGAAGGUUACUGAAUUCAGCAACUGUAUUUGUGGUGGCAUCAGCGUCGCUAGUGCCAGGACUAUGGCCAACCGUGGCCGCAAAAAGUUGCUUCAGAGAAUCGAAGAUGCUGCCUUCGGUAACGCUCCCGACGAAGAGGAAGCUGAGCCCGUCGAGGCCAAGGCUCCCGCCAAGUCCAAGUUCCCCAAGGCUAAGACUACGGUCAAGGUCAAGCUCCACGCCCCGGCCAAGGCUCCUGCUAAGGCCAAGGUCCCGGCCAAGUCCAAGGUCCCCACCCCAGCCAAGCGCGGUCGCAAGCGCAAGGCCUCGCGGUCUCCGAGCCCCGAGCCUGAAAGUGACGAUGGGAAGUCCUCAUUCGUGGCCAUGGUCCUUGAGGAUGGCCCCGUUGAGCAUCAGCCCAUGGGCGAGGAGGAGGAGGAGGAAGAGGAGGAGGAGGAAGAGGAGGAGGAGGAAGAGGAGGAGGAGGAAGAGGAGAAGGAGGAAGCGGAGGAGGAGGAGGAGAAGAAGGGGGGUGACAUCCAGGUAGAGGUCUAG